AUGAUUGCUGGAUCGCCAACAGAGUACAGUACCAUCUGUACGGUACUUAAAACUGUGCAAGAAAUGUCCAAACAUCUCCAGCAGAGCACUGCAGUAAUCACAUUUGAUGUAACAAUUCAUUCCAAGGCAAAAGAAAUCCACUGGCGUUAUCCAGAAGCGUUCCAAAACCUAGCGAUUCGCUUAGGCGGGUUUCACAUAGCACUCAAUUAUUUGGCCUUGAUCGGAAAGAUGUUCCUGGAGAGUGGCUUAGAGGAUGUGUUCAUAGAGUCUGGCCUCUACGGAUCGAGCUCUGCUAUGGCACUAUUGCAGGGAAAAUCGUACAACAAGGGAAUUAAAGGACACAAAUUGAUUAUGGAGGUGCUUCUGCGUUUGAAAUGGGACGCACUUUGCUCCUGGGUUAGUAAAGGAGGAGGUGCAGGAGUCGAAAGCGAAGGAGGUUCUAUUCUAAAUCUCGAAAACUCUGUCAUAGAGCGCUACAGAACAGCAACAACAGCUGAAGAGAAGAAAGAGGCCUAUUUGCUCCUUUGUAACACCGCCACCCGUGUUGAGGGCCUAUUGACACGGUUUAAACAAGAAUCGUCAUCGAAACUUUUCAAGUUUCAGGACAAGUACAUCGAGAUGAUUCUCCUUCUUCUAGAGCUGAUUUGA